GUCCGCAGCGGCCCCCAGCCCCUCCUCUCGCCGUCCCCAGCCCCCCUCGCAGCUCCGCGUGCCAGCUCGGGGAUCGCUGGUUCGCUCCCCGCGGCGCCAGGAGGAGGGGCGAGGGCCGGCAGCCCCCUCCCCCGCGCGGCGCCGGAGCCAAGCCGAGCCGGGGACCCGCCGCUGCCGGUCAUGUGGGCCGGACUGCUGCUCCGGGCCGCCUGCGUAGCGCUCCUGCUGCUGGGGGCCCUGGCCAGAGGCUACACGGGGAGGAAGCCACCCGGCCACUUCGCGGCCGAGAGACGCCGACUGGGCCCCCACGUCUGCCUCUCAGGGUUUGGGAGUGGCUGCUGCCCUGGCUGGGCACCCUCCAUGGGCAGUGGGCAUUGCACCCUGCCCCUCUGCUCCUUUGGCUGUGGGAGUGGUAUCUGCAUUGCUCCCAACGUCUGCUCCUGCCAGGAUGGAGGGCACGGGGCCACCUGCCCAGAAGCCCAUGGACCCUGUGGGGAGUAUGGCUGUGACCUGACCUGUAACCAUGGCGGCUGUCAGGAGGUGGCCCGCGUGUGCCCCGUGGGCUUCUUGAUGACGGAGACAGCUGUGGGCAUCAGAUGUACAGACAUCAAUGAAUGUUUGAGCUCCGCUUGUGAGGGCCACUGCGUGAACACGGAGGGCGGGUUCGUGUGCGAGUGUGGGCCGGGCAUGCAGCUGUCUGCCGACCGCCACAGCUGCCAAGACACUGACGAGUGCUUGAGGACGCCCUGCCAGCAGAGGUGCAGGAACAGCAUCGGCAGCUACAGGUGCUCCUGCCGCCCUGGCUUCCACCUGCACGGCAACCGGCACUCCUGCGUGGACAUCAAUGAGUGUCGGAGGCCGCUGGAGAAGCGAGUUUGUCACCACUCGUGCCACAACACCGUGGGCAGCUUCGUGUGCACCUGCCGCCCCGGCUUCAGGCUGCAAGCUGACAGAGUGUCCUGUGAAGCUUUCCCAAAAGCCGUGCUGGCCCCAUCAGCAAUUCUGCAGCCGAGGCAGCACCCCGCCAAGAUGCUCCUACUGCUUCCGGAGGCGGGCCGGCCUGCCCUGCCUCCGGGACACAGCCCUCCUCCUGGGGCUCCAGGGUUCCCUGCCGGGGGCAGGAUGACCCACCCACCAUCUCCCACCUCUGCACUGCCCUCGUUCUCCCCUUCUGCCCCUCCGAAGCUGCUCCCCACCCUGACGGCCACCCCAGUGCCAACCGCCUCCCUGCUGGGGACCAUCAGACCUCCCUCUUUCCUCCAGGGGGAGGCAAUGGGAACACCUUCUUCACCUAGGGGCCCUGAGGCCCCACCCCUGGCAACAGGGCCCCCUUCCUGCUGGCAUUUGGGAGCUGUGUAUGAGUCAGGGAGCCACUGGACAGAGGCUGGGUGUUCCCAGUGCUGGUGCCAGGAUGGAAAAGUGACCUGUGGAAAGGUGAGAUGUGAAGCUGCUUGUUCCCACCCGAUCCCCCCCAGAGAUGGGGGCUGCUGCCCAUUGUGCACAGGCUGCUUUCACAGUGGCGUCAUCCGCGCUGAAGGGGACGUGUUCUCACCUCCCAAUGAGAACUGCACUGUCUGUGUCUGCCUGGCUGGAAAUGUGUCCUGCAUCUCCCCCGAGUGUCCUCCAGGCCCCUGCCAGGCCCCCCCACAGUCGGAUUGCUGUGCGUGUGUCCCAGGGAGAUGCUACUUCCACGGCCAGUGGUAUGCCGAUGGGGCCAUAUUCAGUGGGGGUGGUGACGAGUGUACCACCUGUGUCUGCCAGAAUGGGGAGGUGGAAUGUUCCUUCAGGCCAUGUCCAGACCUGGCCUGUCCCCGAGAGGAAUGGUGGCUGGGCCCUGGACAGUGCUGCUUCACCUGCCGGGAGCCCACGCCCAUCACAGGCUGCUCUCUCGAUGACAACGGGGUUGAGUUUCCGAUUGGACAGAUCUGGUCUCCUGGUGACCCCUGUGAGUUAUGCAUCUGCCAGGCAGACGGUUCGGUGAACUGCAAGAGGACAGACUGCGUGGACUCCUGCCCUCACCCGAUCCGGAUCCCUGGACAGUGCUGUCCAGACUGUUCGGCAGGCUGCACCUACACAGGCAGAAUCUUCUACAACAACGAGACCUUCCCGUCAGUGCUGGACCCGUGUCUGAGCUGCAUCUGCCUGCUGGGCUCAGUGGCCUGUUCGCCCAUGGACUGCCCCAUCACCUGUACCUACCCUUUCCACCCUGACGGGGAGUGCUGCCCAGUAUGCUGGGACUGCAACUAUGAGGGCAGGAAGGUGAUGAACGGCCAGGUAUUCACCUUGGAUGAUGAGCCUUGUACCCGGUGCACGUGCCAGCUGGGUGAGGUGAGCUGUGAGAGGAUUCCCUGUCAGUGGGCCUGCGCUGACCCCACCCUGCUCUUUGGGGACUGCUGCUCCUCCUGCCCAGAGUUGCUGUUUGCUGCGGGGGAACGGCAGGGACCAGCCCCUCGCGGCCGCCUGGAGUUGGGCAAAGCCGCGAGGAACCCCCGCGGCGACGCCACGGGCCCUGUCAACUGCAGCUCCUGCCCGGGGCCCCCACCAGCGCCGCCCGCCAGGCCCGCGCUCCCCCUGCUGCAGCUCCUCUUGGGCACAAACUUGUCUGACACGCAGACCUCGCGCGCCGAGCCCUCGGGAGCCCCGGCGUCCACCUCGCCGGCUCCGGGACCGGAGGGGCCGUCCCCAGCAGAGCCCGGAGCCUCCCAGCCCCCUCCACUCUCGCCGGGAGCCUCCACGCCACCCCCGGCCCCUCCGGGGGCCCCUUGGCCACCUCCUGUCACUCCAGAGGGCCCCGUCUCGGCCUUGGGGACCCGGACAGCAGCCAGGCGGCCCGCCACGCUCCUGGCUGAAGCCUCAGCACUUUCCACGCCGCACGCCGGCCCCUCGGAGACCUCCACGCUCCCCCUCAAGCCUCGCAAACCCGCUCGUCCCGCCUCCAGGCUCCCAGCAGCCCCUGCGGCCCGCUCCCGGCAGCCCCCGGGGGAGACGCCAAAGGAGGAGGAAGCCAUCUUGUGAGCCGGGCCCACGGCUGGGAGACUGCGGACAGAGGACGCUGGGCCGGCAGCCCAGAGGGCGAGCGGGCCGACUACGGGCCGGACCCAGUGGGCACUGCCUGAGGCUCGCUCUUGCGGGCUCCUGGCGGGGACGGACACCCCCGCUGCUGGGCGGAAGCUGCUCCUGGAGGCGUGGGCCUAGUGCCGCCGUGGAAUCACUGAGAUGUGCGCUCCAGGAUCGUCCCUGGACCCCACGGCCGCCUGUGCCCUGCGCAGAGGAGGAGGCGCAGAAGGGGCCUGAUCAGAGGUGGUCUCAGUUUUCCCUGCUCACUCCCUCCUCACAUGUGGGGAGGGGGAAUCCUCACUCCAAACCACAGGUAGUGAAGGAGCUCCCCCCCCCCCCCCCCCCGUUAGCCCCUUGCUGGCAGAGAAGCCUGCACCACGCCAGGGCUGGGCUGGGUGGGGUCUCCUGUGAGCCCCCGGUGGCCUCUGACAUUGGGAGACCCCAAAAGUGAGAGGGGGACCCUGCCGAGGGCUCUGCGAUGGGUCCCUGGGCGGGGCAGGCAGUGUUAUAUUUUAGGCCUGUCCUCAUUAGGAACACCUAUGGGCAAGAAAGAAGCAAAUGGGAGGAGGGGCCAGGCUGCGCAUAGGCCCGGAGCCCCAACCAAGCCCCUCCUGAGCUCAGAGGUGGGGGAUGGGUGGGUGGCUGGGGCAAAGACACAGGAUUUGUACCCCUGCCCCCGCCUGUGUUGAGGAGGGAAGUUGCCCUCCAUGUCCUUGAGUUCCAUAUCCACACAUUCAACCAACUGCACAUCGAAAGCAGACAUUUUUUCCUGAUCAUUAUUCCCUAAACAACAUAAUAACUAUUUGCAUAGCAUUUACAUUGUGUAAGGGUCUUCCAAUAUUUGUGAAAAAUGAAAUUAAAAGAUAAGU